AUGACGGUCUUCAGACCUCUAGUGAAGUCCAAGAUUGGUAAAAAGAGGACCAAGAAGUUCAUCCGGGACCAGUCAGGGUGGUAUGUCAAAAUUAAGCACAACUGGCAGAAACCCAGAGGCACUGACAAUAGGGUGCGCAGAAGAUUCAAGGACCAGAUCUUGACGUCCAGCGUUAGUUUCAGGAGCAACAAGGAAAUAAAGCACAUGCUUCCCAGUGGCUUCUGGAAGUUCCUUGACCACAGUGUCAAGGAGCUUGAGGUGUGGCCGAUGUGCAACAAAUUUCACCACGCAGAGAUUGCUCAUGGCGUCUCCUCCAAGAACCCCAUAGACGUUGUGGAGAGCGCAGCCCAGCUGGCCAUUGGAGUCACCAAUCCCAAUGCUGGUUUGUGCGGUGAGGAAGAUGAAUAG